UACCAAAAUGCCAAAAAUCUACUUUGUGGGGGUCGAUGUGGGCACAUCAUCAGCUCGAGCUGCACUGAUAACAUCAGAUGGCAAAGUUCUAAAACAGGCUGUACGAAAUAUACGUAUUUGGAAUCCAGAACAUGAACACUUCGAACAAUCGUCUGAUGAUAUCUGGAAUGCUGUUUGUUAUUGUGUUAAGAAUGUUAUCAGCGAUGUUGGCAAAGAAGAAAUAGUUGCAAUUUCAUUUGACGCCACAUGUUCUCUGGUAAUUUUGGGUGAAAAUGGUGAACCUCUCUCUGUGAGUAAAACUCUUAAUAAGGAACAAAAUGUUAUCUUAUGGAUGGACCAUCGAGCUCACCAAGAAACUGAUCAUAUCAAUGCUACCAAACAUGAUCUAUUGAAAUAUGUUGGCGGUCAAGUUUCCCUAGAAAUGGAAUUGCCAAAAUUACUAUGGCUUAAAAAUAAUUGUUAUCUCUCGACCUGGUCAAAACUUUGGAGAGCUUUUGAUUUACCCGAUUUUCUAACAUGGCGUAGUACUGGCUGCGAUACCAGGUCAUUGUGUUCAGUGGUCUGCAAAUGGAAUUAUGAUGCCGAGAAUAUGCAAUGGAAUCGGGAAUUUUUCCACCAAAUCGGUUUGGAUGAUCUACUGGAAAAUGAUGCAGAAAUUAUUGGUAGCAUUGUAAAGGAACCUGGCACACCGGUUGGUAAAGGUUUAAGUGAACAGGCGGCCACAGAAUUGAAUUUAUUGCCCGGUACAGUUGUGGGUACAUCACUAAUUGACGCCCAUGCUGGUGCCUUGGGUAUGUUUGGAUGUCGUUCCAACGAAUACAAUUGUGAAUUGCAGGGAAAACUAGCAUUGAUUUGUGGCACUUCGACAUGCCACAUGAGUUUAACACGUGAUCCGUGUUUGGCUACCGGCAUUUGGGGACCAUAUCGUAGUGCCAUUAUACCAGGUUAUUAUUUAAAUGAAGGCGGUCAAAGUGCAGCAGGGUUGCUUUUGGAUCAUGUAAUCAAGACGCAUCCUCAAUAUAUGCAUAUUAAAAUGAAGCUUAGCGAAAAUGAGCACAUAUACACUUAUCUGAAUCGCAAAUUGAAACAGAUAGCCAAGGAAAAAGGAUUGGAUGAUCCAUGUUAUUUGACAAAAGAUUUACAUGUUUGGCCAGAUUUUCAUGGAAAUCGUUCACCAAUAGCUGAUCCAAAUUUAAGGGGAAUGAUUUCAGGUCUUAACAUGAAUGUAGAUGAAGAAUCCCUGGCUAUACUAUACUUGGCUUUUGUACAAUCUUUAGCUUAUGGCACUCGCCACAUUAUCGACAAUCUACUUAAGCACAAUCGUGUUCCCUUCCACACCCUAUUGUUUUGUGGUGGACUUGCCAAAAAUGCGCUGUAUGUUCAAAAUCAUGCGGAUAUUUGUCAACUUCCCGCUCUUAUACCCGAUGAACAAGAAAUGGUUUUGGUCGGUUCGGCAAUGUUGGGUGCUUGUGCUGCCAAGGUUUAUGAUGGUUUGGAAGCAGCCUCUGAUGCAAUGGGCGGCAAUGGUAAAAUGUUAAUACCACAAUUUGGCACAAAAGAUUAUCACGAGCGUAAAUAUCAAGUAUUUCUGGAAAUGUUAAAGGAUCAACGUAAAUACAAAGAUUUAAUGAUGUAG